CUAACAUAUUUUUUUCUUCGCAGUGUGAUUGGCCUUGAUUCAACCGCGUGCUUUGUUUCGAGCAGUAAUUCCUUUUAUGAACUGUAUUUUUGGUAGGUGGUUAGUCGUUGUUUGUUUGCACGCUGUUGCUUUACUUUUUCCUUGUGAACAUAAGCAUUCGACUUUUAUAGCUUGUUUAGAAUCAGCACUAGUUUAGGUACCUGGACCAGAAGUCUCUAUAGAGAGCUUUCUAAUUAAAGCUGUUGUAUGGAUGUUUGAGGAUAUUAUCGAUGACAGAGGAUGAAUUGGUUUUUUUAUUGUGAGUUUUGGCUUUCGCAUAUAAAUUUUAGGCUGUUUGCAAAAAGUAAAGACCAUAUCUUUACAAAAUAUCCUCACAAAGGGGAGACUGCAGUCACAAAUAUUUUACUCCGAAUACUUCUCUUCACUUUGUGGCACAAAAAGUCUGGUGUUUGGCUUACAUUGUGAUUGAAGCUUAUUUAAAUUUAUUUAGUUAACGACACCAUGUUUUCAAACUUCGGAAAUAAUGAGUGGAUUCGCUUUAUAUGUCUUUCUGUCUGCAUGAAGAAGAUAUAUCAUUAUAUGCAAGUUCUACGGAUCUUUCAAAGUACUUGGUGAAUCAUGGAGUUCCUGAGUCAGUAUCAAAAAUCUUCACUGACAACAUAGUUGAUGGUCUCUCAUUUUGUCUUCUUGAUGAGAAAGAUUUAACUGAUAUGGGUGUUACGCAGAUUGGAUUACGCAAGCGUAUAUUAUUUCUAUCAUCUGUUUGGCGACAUAAAGUUAAAAUUAAAGGUUGUGAGAAGCAACUUUUACGUUUUAUUGACGGUGAAAAUUCUACAGUUGAGACGUUGAAUAGUAAGAUUUCUAAUCAUUCGGAUGUCCAUAAAUUUACCGGUGAUGACAAUUCGAAUUACACCAUUAACAAUUCGUUUUUGAAUGAUGACAACUGUGAAGUAGUUGAAGAAAAUUCAAAGUCAUGGAGGCUUUUUAUUAGUGGUUUGUAUUUUUUAUUUUCCACAUGUGUCACAUCCUUUGUUAUGGUUUUGGCUCACGAACGCUUACCUGAUAUGUCAAAAUAUCCUCCUCUACCAGAUCUCUUUUUAGAUAAUCUUCCUCAUAUUAGUUGGGGAUUUGCUGCCGCGGAAUGGGUUGGUGUAAUUUUGUCUAUUAUUUGGUUAACUAUCUUAAUUUUCCACAAAUAUCGACUGAUACUUUUACGUCGUUUCUUCGUACUUAUGGGUACAGUUCUUUUGUUGAGAUCAGUGACUAUGAUUAUUACUUCACUCAGUGUUCCUGGUAAACACUUAGCUGAUUAUUGCAGUCCAUAUGUUGUGCAAAAUCAAAGUGAGCGUCUUAAACGUGUAUUACAUAUAUGGCUAGGAAUGGGUAUGUCCAUCAGUGGAAUUCAAACAUGUGGUGAUUAUAUGUUCAGUGGUCAUACUACCUGUCUUACUCUUCUCAAUUUUUUUAUCACUGAAUAUUCACCACGAAAGCUUCAAGUGUUACAUACCUUCUCUUGGGUUUUAAAUCUUUUUGGUGUAUUCUUUAUACUUGCCUGUCAUGAACAUUAUUCUAUUGAUGUAUUUAUUGCCAUAUAUGUAUCAUCUAGGUUAUUUUUAUAUUAUCACUGUUUAGCUAAUAGUAAUAUUCUUCAUCAACCGGGUAUGGAACGUGCGAUGACUUGGUUCCCUUUGUUCUCUUUCAUGGAAUAUGAUGUUAAAUCUGUAGUACCUAAUGUUUUUGAAAUUCCAUUUCGUUAUACUAGAAGUUGUGAUAAAACAAAUGGUGAUAUUAGUAGUGAUAAAAAUGGAGUGAAUUCAUUCGAUAAUAAAACAUUAAAUAACAAAUAUGAAGAAACAUCUCAUUGUAUAUUUCAUAAAGAUACAGAGUCUUCUUCAACACCUGUAUUUCGAAAUAAUUCAAGAGUUCGACAAAAGAAAAGGGAACACUGUUAGAUAAAAUGUAUUUGUCAUCAUUACCUGUGAAAACCAAUUUUUUUUAGAGUCCUUCUGUUAUAGGAUAUUUUUUCAGUUCAUUUUUCAUAAAAAAAGAUUUUUAAGUUAUUUUACGAUUAACUUAUUUCUUGUCUACCUGACGUCUUUUGAUUUAUCAAAUUCAAAAAAAUUGAUCCUCCAUUGUUAUACUGAAGGACUCUGUCCUCACUUUUUAAAAAAAAAGUGCAUUGUGUUUCCUCAUUACAAUCAAAGUCUUUCAUUUUAUUUAUUUUCAUUACAAUGCUUGAAAUAAAGCACUGACAGUAAAAAAG